AUGGCCGCUGAUUUGUCUUCCCUUCUCAACUCAUCGAGGGCCCUCAACACGCACCUCUCGAGGCCGGACCUACCCUCGGUCAACCUCACCCUCGACCAGAUCGAGGCCCAGUCGCGCCGCCUCGUUUCGCGCCAGCCAGCCCCUUCAAAUGACAGAGACCGCGCAAAUUACCUCCUGGCUCAGGCCCACGUUGAUGCCUCGGCUUUGGCCAAUAACAUCGCCCACCUCAAUACCGCUACCACUUUCUCCCCGCUCCAGAACCUCCAAGACACCGACGUCGCCGGCUACCUCCGCCAUGCACACGAGCAAAAUAUUAUCUCGACCAUCGAGGAGGGGAGAAAAGAGACACAGGAGAGUUUCUACAGGCUGCUCGAGGAGCGGAGCAGAAAAGACUGGGAGUCGAAGAAGCGGCGCGUCUUUGAGGAGCUCGGUGGGCGCGGUACGGGAGACAGUAAGGCGCUCACCGAGAUGAAGAAGUCGUUCCAUGGCAAAGCGAGCCUUUCGGCAAGCACCACUGGCCCCAGUCUCACUUUGCAGAUGCAGAGCAAAAUGAUGGCCUACGACCGCUCUGUCUCGGACUUGAACGCUGCGAGGUUGCGCGACGCACCGUGCCCCAUUCUGCACUUGCUCAUGCAGGCAGCCGCCUCGCUCUCUGCAGACACCAGCUCAAGACAAAUCAUGCAAAUGUUCCACAUCCUCUCCAAAAUCACCGGCGAGCCACCGGCCUUGCCGCCCGUCGAGCAUGCCGGCGCCCACAUGCUCAACGCCGCCGUGUUCGAGCGCAAGUUCGCGCGCGUCUACCUUGGUGACCAGGACUCGCGCGAGGCCGCAGGCCUACGCACGCAGAUUGCGAGGGGCGCACGGGAGGCCCUCGAGGAGCAGUACUGGGAUGUGCUCGAUCAGACGGUGCAGGCCCGCGCGGUCGAGGCGAGGCUGGGUGGGGACCCGAGCGUGGCGAAUAAGAUUAGGGCGUUUUUGCUGUUGAGGUAUUACAAGAAUGGGGAGUGGGAGGAGCGCAUUGAGCUCGUCUCAGGACAGCCUAUCUGGGCUAAACUGUACUACUUGUUGCGCACUGGCCACGCAGAGGAGGCGCUCGAAGAGGCUGUCAAGCUUCAAGCCGCUAUCGAGAACCGCGAGUCAGGCUUCGUGGGCCACCUCAGGUCUUGGCUCGAGUCCCCGGAAAGACGCCUACCAAAACCCCACCGGGACCACCUCCAGUCCAUGUACAACGCGCAUAUGCUGCACUCCAACUCGACGGACCCCUUCAAGCUUGCGCUGUACAAGCUCAUGGGCAAGCUCGAGUCCUCGCGCCGCAGCGUGCCGCACAUCACGACCACGAUCGAGGACUGGCUCUGGUUCCAGCUCGCGAUGGUCGACGAGGAGGAAGACGGAGGGCUGCGCGGGCUGUCGGAGGUGUUCCUCAGCUACGGCGAGCGGCACUUUGAUGGUCCUGUCGGUGCGAACACGAGCUUGAACGCAAGCCAGUCGGGCCAACAGGGGCAGCAGCAGCAGCAGCAACAGAGGAGGGGCGUGUGGGCGACGGUGCUCCUUAUUUGCGGGCAGUUCGAACGCGCGGUCGCGGCGCUGUGGGAGCACCCUGAGACGGAAAUCGAGGCGGUGCAUCUGGCGAUUGCUCUGGCAUAUCACGGGCUGCUACGCGUGCCGCCGCGGGCUGAGACUUCGGAUUUGACGCCUUUGACCAUCUCGCCUGUCUCGCCUCCCGCGCUGAGCCUGUCAACGCUUAUCUGGCGAUAUGUCCGCCAAUUCGUCAAGAUGGACGCCAAGGAGGCGCUGCAAUAUGUCUAUUGCGUCUGCUUGACGGCCGACCAGGGGAACGGCGUCGGUAAAGAGAGCCUCGAGAAUGCCUGGGAGCUCGUUCGCCGCAUUAUUGUGCUUGCUCACUCGGGCCCCGCCUGGGAGGAGCUCGUCGGUGGCUUCCGCGCAGACGGCACGCGUUUCAGCGGCGUCAUCGAGCAAGGCGCGGCCCUCCUCCAGCUCAAGUCAUCCGCGCAAUACAACCAGCGCAUCCUCGUGCAGGCCGCGCGCGACUCGGAGGAGAACGACCGGAUCCCGGAGGCGAUCAAGCUGUACAACCUCGCGGGUGAGUACGGGACGGUAAUCGCGUGUCUGGCGCAGGCGCUCGGCAACACGCUCGCACAGCCGUCGGGCGGGGACCCGGAGAAGGCGCGCGCGGUCGAGCGCACGGCGAUGGACAUUUUGAAGCACUAUGAGCGCACGAACAGGGCCGCUGGGAGGGAUAAGGAGGCGGCGGUGCGGCUGUUGAGGGUGAAGGAGGCAAUUGGGGCGAAGAAUGCGGGUAGGCCGGAUGUGACGCUUGAGAUUAUGGAAUCUACGGAUUUGAUCCCUCUCGAUGGCGACGUCGCGAAGAUCACGCGGAGGGCGGAGGAGUUCAGGGACCUUCACGAUGCGCUUCAGCGCAACCUCCAGGUCUACCUUCCCCUCACGAUGGACGCGCUCGCUGCGCUACACCAUUCCGUCAAAUCGUCUGCUGGUGCAGAGUCAACGCGCCAGAUGACGCUUGCUUCGCUGAGGAAAAAGUCGCGGUCACUUAUGAUCUUUGCUGGUCUGCUCAAGUACCGCUUGUCGCCGGAUGUCUAUUCGUAUCUGGCAAGACUUGAUGUGGAGAUUGCACUGUGA